UGGACCUGGUCGAGAACCUGUAAGCAAAUGCCCCAGAUACAGUAUAAACACACGAGGUGCUGUGAGUGGGUGCGAUGCUGCGGCGGAGGGGAGCCCAGGCCCCGCACUGUAUGGUUGGGGCAUCCCGAGAAGAGGGACCAGAGGUACCCUCGGAAUGUCAUCAACAACCAGAAGUACAACUUCUUCACCUUUCUUCCUGGGGUGCUGUUUAACCAGUUCAAGUACUUUUUCAACCUCUAUUUCUUACUUCUUGCCUGCUCUCAGUUUGUUCCUGAGAUGAGACUUGGUGCCCUCUAUACCUACUGGGUCCCCCUGGGCUUCGUGCUGGCCGUCACUGUCAUCCGAGAGGCUGUGGAGGAGAUCCGAUGCUAUGUGCGGGACAGGGAAGUCAACUGCCAGGUCUACAGCCGGCUCACGGCGAGAGGUCAGCCUCCUGGCUCCGGCCUGGGGCCACAGGGUUGCAACUCCAUCAUGGGCCGCUGACAGUCAGGGGGCAGAGUUCAAGGCCCAGGGCCGGUGGGCGUGCAGACACUGCGUGGUGGCACCAGGGAGGUCAGUGUGUGCCUGGGGCUGCUCGGUCUCUCCCAGAGCCAGGCCUGUUGGCCAACUUGUGCGUCAUCAGCCUGGAAUUAAACUUUGUUCAUUGGGCAUCCUCUUCUGGCUAACCCUGUACCUUUGCCUGUCCCUGGGCUGAGUGAGGGAAGGAGGGAGCCCUUCUUGUUCAGGCGUUCAAGCGG